UGUUGGCGCACUAAGUAACCUUGAUGAGAAAAGACAUGAGGAUAUUAAGGAACAAAAAUAUAUUUUUUGUCAAUGCUAAGUAGUAAUAAAUGAUGGAACUGGAAGGUUUUUCGUAGAUGAAAACGUAGAGGCACGAGCAACUACAUUAGAAACUACUGCACAUCAUAGCAACCUCAAUCAAGAAAGGAUGCCAGGCGAUAUCGCAUCUUUCGUGCUGAAUCACUUGGCUCGGUUUCGCAGCGCAGGAGGUGGAAGUCUGCAGAAGACGAGUCGAUCCAGCGCAGCUCAGUUGCCACUUGAGCGGGGAAAGUCCGCGUUUGUAAAAAUUACGGUUUAAGUAUGUUUUUCCUUAUCCACCCACCUGUCGUGUCGUGUUCAAUGAGAAGCGAGGCUUGGAAUCGAUCCUAGGUACUUAGUUAGUAGAAUCCAUACAGGUUUUUAGCUGGAUGACGAGAAUCUCCUGCUAAGAAUCAGCUUUCCGAACGGUCGGACGCUGCAAGGUCAAUGUGGCGAGUUCCAGAGAGAAAAGCGAAUUCGUGCAUUAUUCAUACUUACUAAUCCUUCUGCGUCAGGUGAAGUCGCCGGACUUCAUAUCUAGUCGGUGCUCCUACGAAAACCUGGCGAGGAUGUGGCCGAGACAUUAUGUACUUUUUACGUCAAAUAAACACAGCUUUGACGUCUUAACCUCGGAAAUUGAAAAAGUAGAGCAGCAUUCAGCAACACUUCACUGGUGUAUUAUUAAUAUCAUUGUAUUUUUAGAAUCUUGAUAACGCUCGUCAAAGCACUAAAUAAAACAACCGGUUAGUUUUUACCUCUAAACCUUAGGUUUAUCCCAUGAAGCAAAAUAUUAAUAUCUUGAAUAGAGUUAGGUGACGUCGCUUCGUUCUGGCUCGGCCGAUCUAUCUCAUUUUCACGCUUGAUCAUGAUCAGUAGCAUUGGUGAUUCUUCCAGGUUCGAACUUGGGUCUAGUCGUAGCGCCGACCCAAUUCUUCUGGUUUACGGAGCACCGCACAAAUUGAGGUGACGAGAUGAACUGAUGCGGAAGUGCGGUGAUGUGUGAAAAAGGAACAAAAAAGCGGAGUCGAGCAGCGGCCUCCAUGCCUUCCUCAACCGAGAUUACAUUAUCUCUUGUUAGUGGUCAAUAUAAGCCUAGUACUGGUUAUGAUUUCUUGCUCCCCUUGAUGGGUCUCUAUUUUGAGUUUGUGCGCCCCUGCGAGACCACGAAGAUUCAGGUCCUCCAAAUGGAAUGUUCCGCUUGAUGAGGCUCGAUGCCCCGAUAAAGAAAGACAGAAUGAAGGUGAAAUGUUCUUGAUUUAAGGGUAAGGCAUAGCAGGAACAGAAGCGUCCUCGAGUCUUUCGACGUGAUCAUACACUUGAAAGAUACAGAAACCAUCACUCUCCUGCGCUGUUCGUUGAGGAGGUUGCGGAACAUGAAACUAGACCUCGAUCCGAACAACUACACCAUGAGAAGUUCAUCAUUUUUCUCUCACUCUCUGGAACUUCGCAAAAAAUAUCUCGAAUUAGCGAGAAAACAAUCAGAGCAGACGCAACACACCUGAGCAGGAG